GCACGGAGAAUGAUGAACUUCUGCCAGAGGAUGGGAUGGAUUGGAGUGGGGCUGUAUCUGUUAGCAAGUGCAGCUGCAAUUUACUAUGUUUUUGAAAUCAAUGAAACUUACAACAGACUAGCAUUGGAACACGUUCAGCAACACCCAAAAGAGCCACAAGAAGGAACCACAUGGACAUAUUCCUUGAAAGCUCGACUACUCUCUCUGCCUUUUUGGCUAUGGACGAUUAUUUUUCUAAUCCCAUACUUACAGAUGUUUUUGUUCCUUUAUUCUUGCACAAGAGCUGACCCCAAAACUGUGGGCUAUUGUAUCAUUCCUAUAUGCCUGGCAAUUAUUUGCAAUCGCCACCAAACUUUUGUCAAAGCUUCUAAUCAGAUCAGCAGAUUGCAACUGAUUGAUACAUAAAACGAACACUUUUCUUAAGUAAUUAUAAAACUGCAAGUACUGUAUCAAGUUUAAUCACAAGACUGGGG